AUGGAAGACCUGCGCUUCCGCCCUCAGCAGCCGCCGAGGAACGAGCCCUCCAUCAACCCGCUUGUCUCACCUCCUCGCGGCGCCGCUCGCAUCCCUCAACAACAGCCUGCGAAUCACGAUCUGCGCUCCGCCCUGCCUCGCCGUUUUACAACCGACUCGGGGCGUGUACCGACAAUGUCUUCCAUGAACUCCUUGGCAUCUCCCCCCCGCGUGCCCGACGCAGCUCAAGAUUAUAAUAACAUAGAGAAGAAAAAGCAAGAAUAUGAGAGGAUCCGAGAACAGAGGCGGCGCUUUGAAGUCGAGAUGCAAAAGCUAGACCAACAACAGCGACGGGAGGCCCUAGAGCUGGCUCAGAUGGAAGAAGACAUGAAUAGAUUCGCCGGGCACCAAUCUGAACCGACAACGCCUCCCGAGUAUCGAAACACCAGCACCAACAAUGGCUUUCCUGGCAUAUUCUCGCGACCAAACCGCUACUCCACUUCAAGCUUGACCUCUCCCGCGGCUUUGUUUAAUCGACCAGCGCGCUCCGGAUCGCUUUUGACCUCUCCGCCUCCUGGCACUACAGGCGUGUUCCAGCAACGAUACGGGUUCGACGACAACCAGAUGCCAUCACGAUCCGUCCCUACCACGCGCCGGAACAGCGACGAUGAUGACAAGGAAGAGGCUGUUCGCCAGGAUCCAAGCAGCCACCGGGCGACCAAUUCUAGAACGAACAGAUACUCAAUGCCCGUCACUCGGACAAGGAAUGGGUUCUAUGAUCUAAACCUUGAUCAGACCAACACCACGCGGUUCUUGUUCGGUGACGACGAGCCCAACCACCUACCUAGGGGCCACACUCCUGACGACAGCUUUCCCACGCUCGUUCGCCGUGACGAUCAAAUUCUCUCAGCAUCCUCAGCCGCUCUUGAUCUUGCUCUAUCGCCCUCACCCAACCCUGAAGCGCGGGCCUCCCACAAUUGGAGAACCAGCGUAAACCGGCAUCGCACCCAGCACAGCAUGUCAGCCAUCAAUGGGCUCUCCACCAGCCAGACUGGCGAUGCUGGCAAUAUUGGAAGCCGCCCUUCGUCCAUUCGUCAUUCUCUUGACCUUAAGUAUAUCUCGGAAAGCUCGAAUGAGACCUCUGGCGGUUCCCAGGCGAUUCACGCGCCUCCCAAACUCCAGAGUUCUUAUUCUGCCAACGAUAUACCUACGGUCAAAAACCCUGGUGGUUCUUCUCUCUUGAACGGCAGCGCCAACAACCACGCUCAGCAGCACUUCCAUAACCACAAUGCCAGCAUCGGCCGCAUUCCCGCUGGGGCAAUGCCAAUCCGUCAUGCUCGCGAGCUGUCCAACGACAAUGGCAUCAACACCAACCGUGAGCAGGCCGGUGUAUUCCCAUCCAUCAACUCAGCCCUCCAAGCGAGUGCCGCUCCAUUCGGGCCAACCAUGGCCACCGCCGCUCCUCAUACCGCCGCGCCUCACGCCGCCGCACCUGUAACUUCCUCUGGCGGUGGCUUCUACCAGCCAAAUGGUUACACAUCCCCGAGCACUACGUCUCCACCUUCUUACGGGGCUCACUCGCUCUCUACUGGGAUGCAGCAGAUGAAUCUUAACGGCGCUGGUAAUGGGAAUUCUUACUCUCCUCAGAGUUACUCUCCCUACGGUAACGUGCCAUAUCCUCAGAAUGGUCAGCCUCGCGAUAGUCAGGCCCGUGUCAUCCAACAUCGUCGACAACUUGACAAUGAAGCGAUGUCUCGGUAUCAGAACAUGCCGCUGGAGUCAUUCCGAGGCCAGAUUUACGAGCUGUGCAAGGAUCAGCACGGCUGCCGCUAUCUCCAAAAGAAGCUGGAGGAGCGCGAAGGCGAUCAAGUUCACAUGAUUUGGCUCGAGACCAAUCAGCAUGUCAUCGAGCUCAUGACGGAUCCGUUUGGUAAUUAUUUGUGCCAAAAGCUCCUCGAGUUCUGCAAUGACGACGAAAGAACUGUCUUGAUCCAGAACGCAUCCAAAGACAUGGUGCGCAUCGCUCUCAACCAGCACGGAACAAGGGCCCUCCAGAAGAUGAUUGAGUAUGUCAGUACUCCUCAGCAGGUUCAUCUCAUCAUCGAAGCUCUCCGCUUCCGAGUUGUGGAACUCAUCCAAGAUCUCAACGGCAACCACGUCAUCCAGAAGUGCCUUAACAAGCUCACCGCUUCUGACGCGCAGUUCAUCUUUGAUGCUGUUGGUAACAACUGUGUCGAGGUUGGAACCCAUCGACAUGGCUGCUGUGUGCUCCAGCGCUGCAUCGAUCAUGCAACUGGCCAGCAGAAGCUCUGGCUGAUUCAGCGCAUCACCGAGCAUGCGCGCAUCCUGGUGCAGGACCCGUUUGGAAACUAUGUUGUCCAGUACAUCAUCGACCUGAACGAGCCCACCUUCACUGAGCCCAUCGUUGCCACGUUCCAGGGCUGUAUCAGCCAGCUGUCCCGCCACAAGUUCAGCUCCAACGUGAUUGAGAAGUGCUUGCGCUGCGCUCAGCCUGCUUCCAAGGACAUGAUUGUCGAGGAGAUACUCAACGAGAUGGAACGAUUCCUCCGCGAUUCGUUUGCCAACUACGUUAUCCAGACGGCUCUUGACUUCUCUACCCCCCAUCAAAAAUAUCGCCUUGUCGAGGCUAUUCGUCCAGUCCUUCCACAGGUUCGCACAACUCCUUAUGGACGCCGUAUCCAAGCCAAAAUUGCCGCCUACGAUAACCGCGGAAGUGCUGCCUCAAGCGGACAAGUCACGCCCGCCGACAACACACAAGGGCAGAUCCCGCUGCGGCCAAGCCACAACCGAGGUCUCUCUGGCACUCCUGUGCUGCCUACGAACGGCAGCAAUACCAACGGAGCAACGUCUAGUGUUGGGAGCCAAGGCAUUCGCCAGCAGGCACCUCCUCCUUUCACUAGCAGCGUCUCGAUGCCGACAACUUCUACAACCACCAGCUCGGGCGGCCCUGUCCAGCCUCCCCCGUUCAACCAGAUGCUGUCUGGCAGCUAUAGCCAGGGACAUUCCUCCAACACGUCGGUGGAUGCCGGCGAGGCACGCUGGGUGUAA